AUGAACAUCAACCGCGACCCGUUCGGCCUGCGCCCCUCGAUCGCUCCCAAUAACGCCUUCGCCGUGCUGCAACAGUCGGCCGCCCGCAACGCCGCCCGCUAUUCGCAGCGCAUCGUCGAGAGCGGGCAGCAGGCCCUGGAAUCCGGCCGCCAGGCCCUCGAGGACGUCGCCGCCAGCGACCAGUGGCACUCCGUCCACCAGACCGCGACCGACGCCAUGGCCUUCGCCGUCCCGCGCAACGUCCCCGCCUUCGACGGCCCCCAGCGCCGCCUCGAGGACUCGGCCUGGCCCAGCUCCGGUCGCUCGCGCUUCCCGCCCUCGCCCGCCGCAGACAACAAUGGCGUCUUCGCGACCAGCAGCAGCAGCAGCGGCAACCCCGGCGUGGCCAGCGCUGCCGCCGCCACCAUGACCGACCGUCUGGGCGGCAUGUUCGGCGACGGCAAGGAGCUCCCGCUGUACAAGGACAAGCCCUACAACUAUGGCGGCUCUGCCCGUCGAGGCUGGUUCCGCCGCCGGCGCUCGCUCAUCAUCGGUGUCUUCGCCCUCUUCGUGUUCCUGUAUUGGUUUGGCCUGUUUUCCGGCUCUGAGGACAACAAGGGAGUCGGCGGCUCUGGAUUCUUCGGCAGCCUGACGUCGGGGAAGUCGGCAGCCGCCGUCGACUGGGACGAUCGGCGCGAUCGGGUGCGGGACGCGUUCAAGCUGAGCUGGGAUGCGUAUGAGAAGUACGCCUGGGGCUAUGACGAGUUUCACCCCGUCUCGAAGAAGGGCCGCCAGAUGGUGCCCGGGGGAAUGGGCUGGAUCAUCGUGGAUGCGCUUGACACGCUCAUUCUCAUGAAUCUGACCACCCAGUUGAUCCACGCUCGCGAGUGGGUUUCGACGUCUCUGGACUACGAAAAGGACCACGAUGUGAACACUUUCGAGACGACGAUCCGCAUGCUGGGCGGUUUGCUCUCCGCUCACUACCUGAGCACCGAGUUCCCACACUAUGCGCCGAUUUCUAUGAAGGAGGGCGAGGAGGACCUGUUCCAGGAGAAGGCCGCUGACCUUGCGGACCGUCUUCUGGGAGCCUACGAAUCCCACUCCGGCAUUCCUUUCGCUAGCAUCAAUCUCAAGACUGGCCAGGGCAUCCGCUCGCAUGCUGACGGCGGUGCUUCGUCAACUGCCGAAGCGACGAGUCUCCAGCUUGAGAUGAAGUACGUCGCGAAGCUGACUGGCGAGGCGCACUACUGGGAGAAAGCGGAGAAGAUUAUGAAGGUCGUCGACGAUCAGGAACCCAAGGACGGUCUCGUCCCGAUCUUCAUCCACCCCGACCGCGGCACCUUCCAAGGAUCCAACAUUCGCCUCGGCAGCCGCGGCGACUCUUACUAUGAAUAUCUCAUCAAGCAGUAUUUGCAGACUUCUAAGCAAGAGCCCAUUUACAAGGAGAUGUGGGACGAGACCGUGUAUGGCAUGCGAAAGCAUCUCAUCACGUACUCGUCUUCGGCGAACCUGACUAUCCUCGGCGAGCGGCCGAGCGGCCUUGACGGCAAUCUCUCGCCCAAGAUCGACCAUCUGGUGUGCUUCUUGCCGGGUACUAUUGCGCUGGGUGCGACGGAGGGUAAGACGUUGGCCGAGGCCCGCCAGAGCCCUUCGUGGGGGAAGCAGCAGGAGGACGACAUGGAGUUAGCAAGGGAGCUGAUGAAGACGUGCUGGGGUAUGUACAAGGUCACUGCCACCGGCUUGGCUCCCGAGAUCACCUACUUCAAGGUGGACGACCCGCCGCGUAUGUGGGAAAGCUGGGCCGACAAGGUGACGAGCCCAGCGGAGCUGGAUGAAAGCAACGAGGGCGACUGGAAGUCGGACUACGACAUCAAGCCGGCGGACACGCACAACCUGCAGCGGCCCGAGACGGUGGAAUCACUGUUUUACAUGUGGCGCAUCACGGGUGACAUCAAGUAUCGCGAGUGGGGCUGGGAGAUGUUCCAGUCCUUCGUCAAGUACACGUUGGUUGAGGACGGCUCCGGCUUCACUUCGAUCAACGACGUGACCAAUCUCUCGCCGCCGGCCCGCGACAACAUGGAGAGCUUCUGGCUCGCCGAGACGCUCAAGUACCUCUACCUACUCUUCGGUCCGGACGACGUCCUCCCCCUCACCGAUAUGGUGCUCAACACCGAAGCCCACCCGCUGCCCAAAUUCGAGCCAGGCAGGCUUUUUAAGACGGGAUGGGAGCGGAAGCCGAGGACGAAAGAGAGCACGUAG